UGGCGGCAGUGGCGGUGGUGGCGGCACCGGCGGCAGCGCCAGCAGCACCGCAGCAACCGCAGCACGGCGGCACGCAUGGUGCAUUUUGUCCGUGUCCCUGUGGUAUCGUCAUCGUGUGGAAUCAUCAACAAUGGCGGGCUUAGAGCUUCUUUCAGAUGAAGGUUAUCGGCUGGAUGGCAGAAAACCUACCGAGCAAAGAAAAAUCGACUGCCGGUUAGGCGUUUUCUCUCAAGCAGAUGGAUCGGCGUAUAUCGAGCAGGGUAAUGCAAAGGUCCUCGCCGCCGUUUACGGCCCUCACGAACCUCGGGGCAACAGGUCUCGAGCGCUCCACGACCGCGUGCUCGUCAAUUGUCAGUUCAGCAUGGCCACAUUCAGCACAUUCGAGAGGAAGCGUCGGCCCAGAGGCGACAAGAAAUCUCAAGAGAUGACCCUGCACAUCCAGCAGACCUUUGAAGCAACCAUCCUGACCCAAUUGUACCCGCGGUCACAGAUCGACAUCUUUGUCGAAGUGUUGCAGUCGGACGGCGGUACGCUGAGCGUAUGUGUGAAUGCAGCCACCCUCGCCUUGAUCGAUGCUGGAAUCGCGCUCAAGGACUACGUGUGUGCCUGCUCCGUCGGCUUCAUCGACGGGGUCCCCUUGGUGGACAUUAGCUCCAUUGAGGAGUCGAACCGGGGUCCCGAAUUGACUGUGGCCGUACUGCCCAAGUCGCAGCAGAUUGUUCUACUCGAGAUGUCCUCCCGGGUCCACGUUGAUAACCUGGAGAAGAUGCUAGACGCCGCGAUGAAGGGUUGUACUGACGUGCAUGCCAUCUUUGACAGCCGGGUUAAGGAGCACACGGCGCAGGUUGGCUCGAGUAUCGGCUGGGAAUAAACUGGGCUUGUUUCACAAAGAAA